AACCGACGACGGCAGCGGUGAUGAUGACGACGAUGACGACGCUGGUGGCACUUAGGUGGCAGAAAUCAAACAAUCUUUUAACCUCAUUUCUUUAGUCAGUGUCGAGCCGCUCGUCGGGCAUGUCACUGCCGGGCGAGAAAAGUGAAUUCUUGAUUUUUGUUUUAUGGUUACCAUUUGACGCGGCGGGUUCAGUGAAACGUUUGAACAAACAUUUGUCCUUGUGGUAGAUUUACUGAAUGUGGUGGGUAAACAUCGAAAAUCGUGCAUUAUUUAUUCAGUGCUAGCAGUUUUGCUGCAAUUCGAAAUACGCAAUCGACGCCAGAGGAAAUCCUCACUUCGGUUGUAAACAAACCAAUGUGAAAAUAAAGCAAAUGUUGAGCUGUGAUAACUUAGUCAAGAAGGUAAUAUGAUCCCACGUAUGUGACCUGAUAGCCAGCAAAUAAGACUAACUUAGGCAACUUGGUUUGUACGUUUCUACUAGAAGGUAAGAGAAAUUGAGGAGAAAGUGAAUGUGAUACGAAACCAUGACCAAAGUGUACCGAAAUCGUCAUGCUUACGGUGUGUUAUCGUACAUCAGUUAAGUGUUGGAUUAGUUUUGACAGUGAUUGUAUUAUUUUACGGUGGUUAGCUUGCGUUGAGCAAAAACAAAAAAAUACAUAAUCAAAAAAAGAAAGCACAGAAAAUCCAGCUAGAAAACACUUAACGUGAACUGUGAAGUAAAUGGAACGAUAGUAUGGAUUUGAUAUCCCUACCACCGUGCUCCCGACGCUUGGACACUGGGAAAAUGGCCAGCACCAGUGAAGGCCAACAAGGUAUCAUCACUAGGACAGGGAGUGUAACGAGCGGACUUUCACCAACAACAACGAUAAAGAUUUCUACGACGUUCCUGAAGCAAACACCUGUCAAAACAGACCAGGAAAUACUGGAAAAUUCCAUGCUGGAGGAUGAUCCUAAUUCCAACACUAUUCACACCAAUGGAGAGACAAUCGACUGCGUACCCAGCGGAACCGACGGGGGCUGUGCCGACGGACAUGUCAGCCUCCACAAACGGCCUCGGUGGGGCCCACAGCACAAAGGGGCACAGGAGCUAGCGAAACUGUACAGUAGUAGUAAACGAACUCAGGAAAUCGUUUGUGUCUACAUCUGCAUCACGUUGAUGGUCAUUAAUCUGUUUCUCAUCCUGAAGCACUUUCGAAUCGAGCGCGUUAGCAAAAUAGUGGCAGCAGCAGCAUUUGGCAUCCUCACGGCAGACUUUGGCUCCGGGCUGGUGCACUGGGGUGCUGACACCUGGGGCUCGGUGGAUCUACCUAUCCUGGGAAAGAACUUUCUCCGGCCAUUCCGUGAGCAUCAUAUCGAUCCGACCUCCAUUACGAGGCACGAUUUCAUCGAAACCAACGGGGAUAACUUCAUGGUGGCACUGCCAAUUCUCGGGAAAUUGGCGUGGAACUUUUUCACCCGGUCUAACGCGGAAAUCCAGCAGGAGUACGUGAUGAGUGCGUACUUAUUUCUUUGUUCCAUCUUUAUCGCAAUGACAAAUCAGAUUCACAAAUGGUCUCACACCUACUGGGAUCUACCGAAAUGGGUGCUAUUUCUGCAGAAUCACCACAUCAUUUUACCGAGAAGACAUCACCGGAUUCACCAUGUGGCACCGCACGAAACAUAUUUUUGCAUAACUACGGGAUGGCUCAACUGGCCUCUGGAGAAGAUUCGAUUCUGGUCUACGCUGGAGACGAUCAUCGAAACGUGCACCGGCCACAAGCCCCGAGCAGAUGAUUUCAAGUGGGCCCAGAAGCGGAUAUGAUUGAGACGUGUCAUUUGUGGCCUAGCAAGCGGAAUUCGACACUCUGUUUCUUAGUUCGAGUUUAAGAGCAAGGGAAAUAUUUUUGACAGAUCAAACAACAACAAAAAAAAAAACUAAAAGUGAUAUAUUCAUUCAAAUCGCAAAUGUUCAUGAUAGGCUUUCGUUCGUUUCGUUUCAGACAGAGUUAUAACCACAUUAGCUAGCUAAUUUUGACGAAUUUUGUCCGUAGAGUAUUCAAAAGAGAUAUAUGCAAAAAUCAUGAUCUGCCAUAAAGACCUUCAAUUUUCCUCAUCUUGUAUUAGUGUUAGAUAUGAACGACGGAACGGUGAAAUUUUUCAGGAAAAGUAUAGAAAAAACUAACUAAGCUUGAAUGUGGCCACAAACUUUGUUGAAUGAGCGUUGCAGACUCGAAACAUUGUGUACUAAACAGCUUUCGAGGAAUCAUUAUUGGACAAGCAUUGUCCGACAAAUAGUUUGCUUGUAAGUUUAAAGAUGUUUUGUUUGAAAAUCGAGUUAAAAUUGCACCAGACAAGACAUCUAUUGUAUGAUAUGUGAAAUCUAGUACAGCUUUGUUUUCGUCCUGAAACAAGUUGGAAGUUGAAAUUUUUCUCGCUCGGUAGCAUAAGUUAGUAGGAUUAUUCAAUUAUUCAAGCAUCUCGAUAGCAGACGAAGGUAGAAGCUGUCAGUUCGUUCCAUUAUUCUGCUGUGCAAAACUGUUUUGGGGUGUAAUGCGAAAACUUGCUCUCGUUCUGCAGCGGCAGUGAGCAGCAGGGCCCUAGGUCAUGUUCGGUCAUGACCGGCAUAUGGUACCUGGUUGUUGGCCAAGCGAUGCAUCUACAUUCGAACUUUGUUCACAAGUACUGUGUCAGAACAUUCAUAACUAAAAUGAAUCCAUGUCUUGAUACUACAUUCCAAUGCGGAACUCAACGUUACAGCGGCUGCUAAUGCUGUGAAGUAAUGCAAUCCAGCCGACAGAGGAGAAAUUGAACUAGAUUGCAAAUUGUAUUUGGAUUGAAUGGUGAGAUUUUAUGCGGAGAAAUAGAAGGACUUGAAUGGAUUUUUGUCAUCAUUUAUGUUUGUGGCAGUUUGAUGAUUGAAAAUGUUAUAAGUUUAGUUCUUCGAAGUCAGAUAAGAUAUUUGUUUUAGACCGCUUAACUUUGAAACAUAAUUCUCUUCUAUUCGCAAACAACAAAGUAAUCUCAAAACAUUCCACGAAUCACAAAUAAGCGGUAGCUACGGUUCUGCAAAAAAAAAAACAUAAAGAAAAGCGAAACACUUUUUCACUGAACUGAUAAAUUAUGCAGCUAAGAUUAAAUUGAGAUUUGCCCUAAACCGUAGAUAGAACAACGGAAAUCUGUGCAAUUGGUGGCGGUAUUCCUUUCAUCUGCCGGGGCAUUGUUUUGAAUAAUGUUUAAUGUCGUUUUCGCUUGAUACCAAACCUAACCCAGUUUCCACCCUAACUGCUGUCAAACCGUUUGUUUGAAGCUAGUUUCGAACCUAGUUUUAACGUUGUUGAACUGAAAAUCGAGUCAGUUUCGAACCUGGUUGUUAUAUCAGGUUUGCUCAAACCGCCGUUGCUAAGCGCGAAAACAACACAGUUUCGUGAAAAGUGUUUGUUUGAAGAAACUACCCUGGGUCAGUUUCAGUGUUCUCAAGCGAAAACGACAUAAGUAAGUAACUUAGGAUGCACGGCUUGAAGCAAGAACCUCCAAACUGAACGGGGUUUCUGGUGCGAUUUGCAUUGUGCAAUCUCCUGUUAAACGAACCAAGAGAAGCAACGAAUUCCGCACAGCAAAAGCACAAAGCGAUUAUCGUCACAACUGGCAUGGAAAAUAGUUGCACUAGUAUGUGAACAAAGAAACUGCAUUUUCACCUGUUACUAACAAUAAAUAACCGAACAACUGUACAAUCAAAAUGAUAAACGACACAGUAGACGUGUAUGGCGUAAGGUGAAGGUCGUAUGGUGUUCCACUUUUCGUUACUAUAGAAAUAGUAGCUGGCUCAUGGUUGUUGAUAUUCGGCUUCUAUGAACACAAAAUUAUUUAUUUAAAACAAGCUAGAACCGUAUAAUAAUCACGCAAAUCAAAUUAAAUGCUAAAUAUUUUGCAAAAAUUCAGAAAAUCCCAUAAUAAUCGUAAAAUUUAUAACAGAAAUGAAGGAAAAAUCAUGAUAUGCUGACUCUGACUUGGAUGAAACUUUCACCUGUCGUCAAUAUGGCAAACCAUUUGUUAAAAAAGUCGAUUACUCGGAAACUGUUUUCAUAUAAAAUCUGUUUUCAGUGACCCUGUGGGGUCUGUGGUAUUCAACGAAACAUUUUUCCUUGUCUCUUGAAUCAAACUAGGAAUGUUUUUACUAGCAUUCAAUUACAAAAUGUACAAAUUGAAACUAGUUUUUUGCGUCGCCCUUGUAUUUACGGUUUGAAAUUCACCGGAACCGGAAGUCGGACUCGAACUGCAUUCAAUCGAAACCUAUGCGGUCAUAAGACUUAUCAUUUGAAUUUGUAGGUUUGUGAACAUCGGUCCUACCAUCUCUGAGAAAUUGACGUAAGUUGCAUUUCAGAGUUUUUGACCUCUAUUUCUGGAGCUUUUGAAACCGGAAACCGAAAACUGUUAAAGCCGAAAUACGAUUGUAUGAACUACACAUAGGAGUAGUUUUUAACCUAGUAUAGAAAAUUUCGAGCGUUUUGUGGGCCGUCACUUUGAAUCGAGGCUUCAAAAUCAUUCCAUAUCUCUGGAGCCGGAAGUCAGAUCCAGAUUAAAUUCAAUAGGAAUCAUAUUUCAUUUCAUUCUAAUAUCGUGAAAAUUUGUUCUGCUAUCUCUAAGAUAUUGACGGCAGUUCCAUUUGGAUGAUUGUGACAUCUUCUUCUGGUACCUCCAGAACCAGGAAUCGGGAACCGGUAUUGCCGCAGAAAGUUCAUGUGACCAUAAACUAAAAUAAACAAAAAAUGAAAAUAGAGUUGAGUCUAUUUUUAAAAAUUUCGUAUGUGGUUUUCGUUGCAGUUUCAAAUAAUGGUUUGAAAUUUACAAUACAAAAAAAAAACAUUUGAGCCGUAAAAUAUUUCAUAUGAGCAUAAGUUUGUUGAAAUCGUUUUAGUAAUCUUGGAGAAACCGACCUAUACUUUCGAUGCUUUUCGAUUCGGAAAGUGAGUUUGAAUGGCAAUCAUCUAACAAGAACCAUUUAAUAUUUAUAACAUUCAUAACCCUAUGUAGGCUGAACUGGAAGAUCCGGAUUGAAUUCAAUUGAAGCUUAUGCGACCGUAAGAACGUUAAUUGGAAUCAAAUUUUGGGAAAUCUUUUCCAUCAUCUCUGAGAAAUCGAAUUAUCCACACUUGGAAGUUCGCGCGACGCAACCGAACGAACAUCUAAACAGUUUCUAGAAUACAUUAAUGAGCUUCUAUGCAGUGAGAAAAUUGACACCGAUCUUGUUCUAUACUUUCAAGUUGUCAAAUGACGUACGUGUACUUUUGAGCAGCGAGAAAGUUCACACGGAACUUGGUCUGUACUUUCAAGUUUUCGAAUGUUAUGCGUGUACUUUUUAACAGCAAGAUAGUGGUUGUUUUUAAUAAUUAUGGAAUUUUUGGUUGCUUGGGACGGCAAGUGACUUUGGCUAAUUUGGCUAAAUUGGCUUAUCUCUAGAUAUUCAUUUAUAACUUUAUAACGUUCUUGCAGUUGAAACUUUUUUCACGUAUAACUUUGAAACCGAAAAUCGGAUCCGAACGAAAGUUAAAUUUUUUUUGUGGGAUCAUUAGACAUUUAUUUUGAAUUUAAGUUUGUGAAAAUUAGACCCGCCAUUCUGGAGAAAAAUGAGCGCGUUUUUGUCACAUUCAUACGUAUACACACAUACACACAUAUACGCAUAUCGACGAACGGAUUCGAAUGGUAUGUGACACUUUGCCCGCCGAGCCUCGCUUCUAAAGUCGGGUUUCACAUUGCAUUACUUUUUUAUGACAAAGAUAUAAAUGUUGUAGGAAUACGUUUGGAUACUGAAUCAAAAAAUGUGAAGAAAACGUACGAAUGUUUUUUCACUUAUUCAAAAAUCAGAUUGGAGUCGAAUUGGUUCAUCCAUUCGUAGAAAAUAAAUGGUUUGCCAUACUGAAGAUAUCUGCGAAAUUUAUUCAAAAUCUGGGUAUGAUACAUCUGUAGACUUGUUACCCAUUUCUGGAAAUGAUCUUUGAAAGAGCUUUUGGAGUCCAGUCUGUUAUACAUUGGGACCUCAAUUUACGCGAAAAGCCGGGGGUGAGUAAAUUUAAUUUCGCGUAAAUAAAUAUUUCAGAUUUUUCGCGUAAUUUCAGAUUUUUCGCGUAAAAAAAGGUUUUUGAAAUUUCAUUUGAUUUUAGUGUAAAUAACAUGACAAUCCUACUACGUCUGAUGCUUCAGCGCCUGAGGACCCUCUGAGUAGGUUCUGAGACUAUGGAAAUGCUUAGGAGAUGUUCCAAUAUCCAAUAAUUACUUGGAGCAUUGUUCUUAAGGACUACACUGUGUCGGAGCAAGAACUACAACGGCCAAUUCCUGUUUUGUUUGUAGUUCAUGCUUUUAAAGCUACACAUUGCUUACUUGGCUAUUUAUAGCUGUUCCAGGUAGGUUCCCAGUCGUCCAAGAACUUCAAUGAAAACAGGUCUUAAGAUCUACUCGAGCAUUCAGCAGUUUAUGUAUAAUUUUACAAUGCUGUUCAUAGUCGUAGAGCUACAAUUCCAGGUAGUUUUUGGAUGGCCUAGAGCAAUAACAAUUGUCCUAUUGAUCGCAUGUGGCAUCACGAAUAUGGACCAAGGACGAUAAGUUUGUUAAUGCACUUUGUUACACUGGUAGAUCUUAAGGCCUAAACUUCAGCUAGUUUCUUGAUGGAUCAUCGGUUACGUUGGUUAAGGUCUUUUACGAGGAGGUUUUGGAAUGGCAAGUUCUUCAACAGAUCUACAUACGAGUACAUACCGCAAUCAAUAGUCAUAUAAAAGUGUUUAUAUACAAUCCAAUAUAAUACUCGGAUGUCCACGAUCUUAUUUAGAUUCUUUGAGACUAAAUAAUUCAUUGAUGUACAUUUCAUAUUCAAUUCCCUGAAGCAUGUUAGAUUGUUUUGUAUAAGUAUAUAAAUUGAGAUUUCCUCCAUUAUAAAAAAACCUUUUUUCACGCGAUCAUCGCGUAAAAAUAAAUAAAAAAUCGCGUUAUUUUAGAUUAAACUCGUGAAACAAGUCGCGUAAAUUGAGGAUUUAGUGUAAUAACAUUUUUUCAAUACCAAGCAAAAGAUUAUCUUCAAUCUGUGGAACUGUUCUUCCAAUUGAGCUACUCUGGGAGGUGAUGAAACUCAACUCAGAAGGCUGUGGCCUUCUAUCGUGAGAAAUUUUCUUCAAUUCAUACCAAAACUACCAAUUUUUUUUAAAUCAUUUGCGCGGUAAAUGAUUAGGACUAAUCCAAAAUCUUGGAAUACUAAUCCAGAAUCUUUGUUUUUGGUGUCGAUGCAAUAUUAUCUUAAUAGUAACGGUGAAUGGAACACCAUGUAGCUUGCUAACUAAAGCGAAUAUCCUUACACUAUGCAUUGAAGAUUAACCAAGGAACCAAACAAAAAAAAUAGAAUCAACAAAAGCGUCUUUUUGUAAUCUACAAUGACAGCAUUGUUACCACGAUGACAGCUGCAUAUUCCGGCAAAGGAAAAGAGCAUAUAUUUUUUUAAUUUUGCACAGCGAUGGUAGACAACUAGAAUUUAUAAAACAUACAAAAAUGUUAGUACGUAAGCACAUUGAUAAUUGAUAAGAUAAUUCUCGUACAAUUGAAAGCAUUGAAAAGCAUACUGCAUUUAGCGCACAUGUCGAAUGCCAAACAUGAUAGAAGCUGCCGUCUCGAAAGAAAGCAUGUGAUAUCUUUUCGGGUUCGAGUGUAGACAUCGAUUGGAAAAGUUUUUUUUUAUAUAAAGAAUGAAUGUGAGGCGUUAUUGUUUUGGUUUGCGAUUAUCGAACUAGUGUUGUGUUAUGUGGCUAAACGGGUUCUGUAAGAGUGAAAAACGAAUUCAGAUGGGCGUAUUUCGUCGAAAGAUAGAGACAAACAACCUGAGCUGAUGCAACUAUUGCGCUUACAAACAUGAUAUAUGAAGCAAUCCAAUGCCUAUCGUCACGUAGAGAACACAACCGGAAUGGUUAAAAUACA